AUGAGGGAACAUAGUAAGUACGAGGAUUUCAGCAUAUUACAGCAGGCUGUCCGGCGAGCCGGCCCUCCGCCCGCGCCGCGGGGUGGGCAAGCGCCCCGCGGGGGUCUCGGGCUCCCAGCCCACUGCCCCGCCUCCCUGCCACCCGCUAGGCGUCGUCCGGGGACGCCCCUCGCCGAGAGAGACCCUCAAUCACAAGUCACCCCGCCCUCCCCACCCUCCUCGCCGUGCCACGCAACCCCGCCCCCGAACCGCCCUCCCGAUCUCCGUGCAGUACCCCUCGCCCCUCGCCGGGAAGAAUGCAGUGACUCCAGCAGCCCUGGCGUCUCUUUGGGCCCAAGGGGCGGGCGCGGCAGCCAUUGGCGGAGGCCGCUGCCUCCGGCUGUCAAUCCCGCGGCACGGCCCCGCCCCACCGGCGGAGCGUGGCAGGACGCAGGGCCGCGGGGGCUGUCGGGACGGCUCCAAGAUGGCCGCGCGCUUGGGGUCCGCACCUGCUGGCGGCCCCGAGCCCCGUUCACUGCCACCGCUGCUGACCAGAGCCGCCGGUCGGCCCGGCGACUCCGGGGGCUGACCCCGCGGGGCGGGAGGCCGCCAUGGCGACCCUGGAAAAGCUGGCGAAGGCCUUCGAGUCCCUCAAGUCCUUCCAGCGGCCGCCACCGCCGCCGCCUCAGCCGGCACCGCAACCGCCGCCGCCUCAGCCCUCUCAGCCGGACCCGCGGCCUCAACCGCCACCGCCGCCCGCCCAGCCCCCUCAGCCGGCACCGCGGCCUCAACCGCCACCGCCGCCCGCCCAGCCCCCUCAGCCGGCACCGCAGCCGUCGCCGCCUCAGCCGGUACCGCCGCCGCCUCAGCCCCUUCAGCCGGCACCGCAGCCGCCGCAGCCUCAGCCCCCUCAGCCGGCACCGCAGCCGACGCCGCCUCAGCCGGUACCGCCGCCGCCUCAGCCCCUUCAGCCGGCACCGCAGCCGCCGCCGCCUCAGCCGUCUCAGCCGCCGCCGCCUCAGCCGGUACCGCCGCCUCAGCCGGUACCGCCGCCGCCGCCGCCUCAGCCGGUACCGCCGCCGCUGCAGCCCCCUCAGACGGCACGGCCGCCGCCGCCGCCUCAGCCCCUUCAGCCGGUACCGCCGCCGCCUCAGCCCUCUCAGCCGGUACCGCUGCCUCAGCCGGUACCGCCGCCGCCUCAGCCCCUUCAGCCGGCACCGCAGCCGCCGCCGCCUCAGCCGGUACCGCCGCCUCAGCCGGUACCGCCGCCUCAGCCGGUACCGCCGCCGCUGCAGCCCCCUCAGACGGCACGGCCGCCGCCGCCGCCUCAGCCCCUUCAGCCGGUACCGCCGCCGCCUCAGCCCUCUCAGCCGGUACCGCUGCCUCAGCCGGUACCGCCGCCGCCUCAGCCCCUUCAGCCAGUACCGCCGCCGCCUCAGCCGGCACCGCAGCCUCAACCGCCACCGCCGCCCGCCCAGCCGUGGGUCAGGAGCCGCUGCACAGAAGGAAGGUUAAAAUAACAUCAAGAAAAUCACAAGCAUUUACGAUGUAAUCAGAACUACCUGAGGAUCUGUGAAACUUGACAGGUGUGUUAUUCUGGGAGAUCAUCAGGACUUCUGGGUAUUUGGAGGUAUUGACCUAACCAGUGGAACUGCUGAUUUAUAAGAAGUUGUCCAGAAUUUUGGAAAACUGAUUAGUAGAGGCUGGAGACCGAGAAGAACUACCAUUUUUGCCGGCUGGGAUGAAGAAAAAAUUGGACUUCUGGGUUCCACAAAUGGGCUGAGCUCUGUCAUAAUGGAAACUCUGCAGUAGAAUCAGCUGUCAUCUAUCCCAUGUGGCCAAGUGCAGAGGAGAAUGUGAAAACACUCCAGGAGAGAGAGGUUGCAUAUAUCAAUGCAGACUCAUACACAGAAGGCAAUUAUACUCUCAGAGUUGACUGUACACCCCUUCUUUUCCAGUUGGUAUAUAAACUGACAAAAGAGUGGAAGAAUGAGACAUCAUUCAUCUGGAGAAAUGCUAUUGGUUGCUGAGGGCUCAAUCCCGAACUGGAUGAUUUGAUUUAGAGACAUUUGGCCCAUUGGCUUCACCACCAAUUUGUCCAUCUCUGAGUGAAGGUGGGAAUCCUAUUUUCUACAAAUGUUCUUUGCUAAACACGUGAGCCUUGUUCCACCUUUGGAGCCUUGUGUUUAUUUAACGCUUUUGGUGAAAAUCAUGACAGCCACAUAGAUUUUAAGGAGAUAUCCUGUGGGUUAUCAGCUUGUUGCAGAGGACCUCUGGCUGAAAGACAGAAAUUUUGCUUCAAGGUAUUUGAUGUUGACGGUGAUGGAGUUCUUUCUAGGGUUGAACUGAGAGACACGUGGUUGCACAUUUAGAGGUCUGGAAGGACAACUGCACCGAUGAUACCCUGGAAUUACUUGUGGAUCUAUCCUACAUUGUGGAAGACACAUAGAAUGCACAUGACACCACAAAGAAUGGCCAUCUUAACUCUAGAAGAAUAUCAGAUCUGGAGUAUGAAAAAUGUUCUUGCCAAUGAGUUUUUGAAUCUACUUUUCCAGGUAUGUUUAAGGUAAAUGACAGAGACCGAGGGCAGUGGUACCAGUAGUUCUACAUCUUUUCCAUUAUGUAGUAGUUAGACAACUAGACUACAAACCAUAUAUUGUUGAAAGAACUGCAUUAACCUGUACACCACCUGCAGAUGGUAAGUUAGAGCGUGCGUGCUUCUCAGAGUCACAAUGUGCAUGAUAGGAAAGUAGAGUAUAGCUGAUAAUGUUUAUCUUAAUAACUCAUGAUAGAGCAGAUUGUAAACACAUAGAAAAGAAUUUAAAAUGUAAAAGCCAUUAUAAUUUGCUAUUUUUCUUUACUUUUUUUUUUUUUUAAGACCCUUCCUAACAAGUAAGGCAGUGUGGACAGAGACAUAGAUCAUAAGUUGGCAGCUGUAAAUUUUUCACAAAGUAUACAAUCUUUCCAGUUAGGAGGUUAUUUUAGAUGCAAAGCUGUUUGUUAAUUUUCUUUUUUUUCUUUCUUUCUUUCUUUUUUUUCUUUUUUUUAAUUUAAUUCUUUAGAAGGCCCAAAAAAGAUUGAAGGAGAAAGGAGGAAAGAAAAGCUGUCAGGGGUGAACAUGAAAUCAUAAAACUUGCCAGAUUUUAACUAUUUUCCCAGUUAAAGUAGUUCUCUUUGCUCCAAUUUAAAGAAACAACUCAUAGUUUCCCAUUUUUCAUAGUUCUUCAUAAAUAUAUGUUGAUUUAAUAGUAUUUUACAGGGGGGAGGGGUGUGAGUAGGGACAGACUGGAAGUUCAAGAUUUGUAAAUACUGACUAUAUAUAGAAUAAACAAGUUUAUACUGUAUAGCACAGGGAAAUAUAUUCAAGAUUUUGUAGUAGCUCAUGGUGAAAAAAUAUGAAAACAAAUAUACGUAUAUUCAUAAAGGACUGAAAAAUUGUGCUGUACACCGGAAAUUGACACAACAUUGUAAACGGACUAUAACUCAGUAAAAAAAUAAAAAUAAAGAUAAAACUGUUAGAACACUAUAAAAAAAGUAGUAUUUUAGAUUUUUCUUAUUUUAUUCUCCUUUUCUUAUAAAAGCACCCCUAUGAAGAUCAAUAAGGCUUGAUAUCUUUAUAUCUAUCAUGAUCCUCCAUUGUAAAUACAGAGUAACCUGCCUGUGACACAGCUAUGUUAGAAUAAAUGAAAGUUGAACUCUUCCUGACAGCUAAUAACUAAUGUAUAUUUAAAGCAUAUGAAAUCUGAUAAGCCUAUGAUACCCAUUUAAAUCAAUCAGUUGCUCUACUGUCAGUUAUCAGCCAGGAUCUAAGUUGAUGUCUUUAUAAAACAUAAAUACAUAUAAAAAUAAUAUAAACCUACUGUAAACAGAAAUGACUUGCUUAGUAAUAUGAAAAUGGUGCAGCUAUUUUUUAUCUCAUUUAAAAUGAUGUCCUCAAUUACUUUAAGUUAUCAUUAAUUAUAUAAACAUUUUGACCACUUAAGUUUGUGUCUGAGUCAUCUUGCAGCUCUUACAUAGCAAAGCAUUUUGAACUUUUAUAUUGCCUUUCCUAUUUUCUCAUGCUUAUCAGGGACUUGCAUAGGCACUAUUUUUUCUAUGACUCUAUAAACAGAUGUAUGCCUGAGAUUUUCUUUUGUGUCUCAGUGUCUCUAGCAUUAUAUUACUGACAGAUUUUUUGUUGGUUAUCAAUCUAAUUUUUUUCUUGGUAUAUAUAGUCCUUUCAAAUAUAUAUAUAUGUAGUCAGUUUACACUGUUGUGUCAAUUUCUGGUGUACAGCACAAUGCUUCAUUCAUACAUGAACAUACAUAUAUUAAUUUUCAUACUCUUUUUCACCAUAAGUUACUACAAAACAGUAUUGGAUAUAGUUCCCUGAGCUAUACAGUAUGAACUUGUUUAUAAAUUGGGAGUUUGAUUUGCAGGUACUAAAUAUUAACAUUACAUUUUAUGAUGCUCACUUUAUCCCAUAUUCAGACAUGCUUUUAAAACUUUAUGUUCACUUAAUAUAUAAGUAAGCAGACUUACUCUAAAUUGUUUUAUUUUCUGUCUGUUUCUAAAAUAGAAUUAGCUAGUAAAUUCAGUGAUAAAAGCUUGAAUUAUACUUUUAUUUUAUUUGCCAAGAUCCCACUCCUGGCUGACCAUUUUGGGUAUUUAAGUAUAAAGUAAGUAAAUGUCAGUAGAAUUAGGAAACCAUUCCUGUGGUAAUAUUAUUUUCAGUCCUUUCAAAUAAACUCAGUGCCCAAUAUUUUGCAGAGGAAGCAUUCUAAACAUGAUCAGGAUCUUCUAUCUUGUACGUUUGUCAGAAAGUGUCAAAUGUUAAACAGUUUUAUAAACAGAAUAGUGCACCACACUGACCCCUACCUAUAUCCAUGCUCUAAUCCUGAAAUCUGUGAAUAUGUUAUUUUACAUGGCAAAGGGGAUUUUGCAGAUGUAUCAGGUUAAGGACUCUGAGACAGGGAGAUUAGCCUGGAUUAUCUACAUGGGCCUAGUCUAACAACCGGAGUCCUUAAAAAUUGAAAAUCUUUCCCAGCUGUGGUCAGAAAGAUAUGAAUUUGGAAGAGGGAUUAGAAAGCUGUAAAGCUGUUAGCUUUGAAGAUAGAGGAAGGGCCAUGGGUAAAGAAGUGUGGGUGAACUCUAGAAGCUGAAAAAGACAAGGAAAUACAUUCUUCCUUUGACCUACAGAAGGGCAUAGUGCUGCUGACAUCUUGAUUUUUAGCCAAGUGAUACCUGUUCCUGACGACCUACAGAACCAUAAAAUAGUAAGUUUGUGUUGCUUUAAGCUGCAAAAUUUGUGAUAAUUUGUUACAGCAGUGAUAAAAAUAAGUAUAGGGGAGAUAAUCCAAAUUUAUGGAUUGGAGGGCUCAACAUUUUAAAGAUGUCAGUUCCCCUUCAACUGAUUCAAAGAUUUAUAUGUGCACAUCAAAAUCCCCAACAGUUAAUUGUUGUUACUGUUUUUUUGUAGAACUUGACAAGCUGAUUCUAAAUACAUAGAGAAGCGUGAAGGGCCAAUAGCCAAGAUGAUAUUAAAGAACAAUAUUAAAGGACUUAUUAUAAAACAAUAUUGUCUAUGUGAUAACUACCUAAAGUUAGACAUAUAGACCAAUGGAACAGUAUUGAAUUAAACCCUGUACCAUACAUGAACAGUAAUUUUAGAUAGAUUAUAAAUCUAAUAAAUUUGAAACAUAAAGCAAAGCAUCUGGGGGAGGGUAAAGCUCAGGUGGAAUGUGUGCUUAGCAUGCAUAAGGUCUUGGGUUCAACUCCCAGUACCUCCAUUAAAAUAAAUAACCUAAUCCCCCACCAAAAUAAAGCAUCUAGAAAAUAGUGUAGGAGAUAUUUUAAUGACUUUGAAGUGGCAAAGAGUUCUUAAACAGGACACAGCACUAAACAUAAAAGAAGAGUUUUAAGUUGGACUUCAGUAAAAUUAAGAAUUAUUUUUAUCAAGAGAUACCAUUAAGAAAGUGAAAAGCUAAGCCACACGGUGGGAAAAUAUAUUUGCUAUACCUAUAUCCAACAAAAGACUUGUAUCUAGGGCAUAUAAAGAACAAAAACCAGUGGAGAAAAAGGCAGAACCUCAACAUUAAAAUGUGCAAAAAAAUUGAACAGGUGCUUCACAAAAAAAAAAAAAAAAAAAAUCCAAAUAAGCUAUGAAAAGAGGCUGACCUGUUUAGUAAUAAUGGAAAUAUGUACUAAAACCACACUUGGAACACCAUUAGACAUCCUCUAGAAUAGUUAGUUGUUAAGUGAUAUGAAGCAUUGGUGAGGGCAACAAGCAAUGGGGACUCUUACACAUGGCCAGUGGGAAUAUAAAUUCUUACAAAUACUUUGGGAAUAGGCUUUUUGAAUGAAAGUUAUAUAUGUAUAUGUGUGUGUAUAUAUAUGUACACACACACACAUACACACACACACACACACACACACACACACCCUAUUACCAAGGGUAACCCAUGUGUGUACCCUUCAGAAACUUCUACAUCUGAGCACCAAAGGACAUCCAGAAAAUUCUCAUAAUCACUAUUUAUUAUAGCCCCAAAUAGAAAAUGACCCAAACACCUGUCAACAAUAAAUACAUAACCAUAAGUGGUGGCACAUGCAUACAAGUUGUAUACUUUAAAGCAAUAAAAAUAAAUAUACUAGUUUACAGAAAACACUAGUGGAUGAAUCUUACAUAAUUUUGAGUGGAAAGUAUGGGACCAAAAAUUUCAAAAGCAAAAAAGCCAAUCCAUGGUGGCUGAAUUUAGGAUGGUGAGUCCAUCAAAGGGGUGCCGUAGUAUCUGGGAAAAAAACCCAAAGUGGAACAGCAAUGUUCUGUUUCUUGACUGGAUGAAGGUUACAUAGAUGUGUUUACUUUGUGAAAAAUCACUGAGCUGCAUACUUAAGAUGUGUUCACAUUUAAGCAUGUAUAUUAUAUUUACAUUUUUUAAAAAAAUGUUUACUUGCAAAAAGAUAUCCAAAGCCUAAGUAUUUAUCAGUAGGAGGAUGGAUAAAACAAAUGAUAGUAUAUUCAAACAAUGGAAUACUAUUCAACAGUAAAAAAGAAUCAACUACUGAUACAAGGAUGAACCUCAAAAGCCUAAUUUAUACAUUUCAUUGUCAGGUAAAUUUUAACUCAGAAGGUAAACAAAACUGUAAACAGGCAUGUGCCCUGGGGGGAGGGGUGCUGUAGCCUUUGUCUCCUCAGACCUGUGCCAUUACUGGCACAUCCCGCAAGAAGAGAGGCAGGGCUCAGCCACAGCUACCAUCUCCUCCUGUGCAUGGUGCCCUGGCGGGGGUGGGGCUGAGGCCUGAAUCUGCAUGUGGGGGCUCCACAACCUCCUAGGCAGGACUGAGACUUGUUUAUAGCCUGAGGCAGGGAGGAUCUUUCUACCCUGACACCUCAGAGAACUUGUGCUGCCAAGAGAAACAAGGAGCUCAGAUUUGGCACAGAGCGUAGGUGGGGCUGUUCCGUGGUCUUCCCCGAGCCCACCUACAGACCGCCUACCCGAGGCAGAGCAGGCAGCUGCACAGAGCAGCAGAGUGACCAGCACCAGGAGAGGGCACAGCACCUGACCACGGUGCUGGGAUGGGGUGUGAUCUGCCCACCUGCCUCCCCCUGAGCACAGCAUCUGACUGUGGCAUCAGGAGGGGGAGUGACCUGCCCACCCACUGGGUAAGAGCUCAGCUCCUGACCUAGUGUUAGGAGGGGGCACAAUCUGCUAGCCAACAGCCACUGAGAGCAGCACAGAUGAGGGCGCCAACAGAAGGCCUAUGAAACAGCAAGCUGAGUUCGCGAAGCAGGGCGAAGACACAAAGACCUCUCGAUAAAAUCAUUAAGGGCACACCAUCUCCAGGUUAAGUAGGUAACUGAUACUCCUUAAGCCACGGUGCCAGAGAGAUAUGAGCAAUGUGAAGAAGCAGAGAAACCACUCCCAACUAAAAGAUCAAGAGAAAUCCCCUGAAAGCAUGAUCAAGGAAAUAGACAUUGAUGGCCUACUAGAUCAAGAUUUCAAGAAAAGAGUGAUCAAAGUACUGAAGGAACUAAAAGAAAUAGGGUUUAGGGAUAUAAAAUAUGUCAAAAAUGAAAUAGAAACUAUAGAGAAGAACCAAGUAGAAUUAGUAAACUCAUUGGCUGAGAUGAGAGCUGACCUAAAGGCUGUGCAAAGCAGACUAGAAAAUACAGAAGAACAAAUAAGUGACCUAGAAGACAGGACAACAGGAAGCACCCAAUCAGAACAGCUGAGAGAAAAACAAAUAAAAAACAAUGAAAACAAUAUACGGGACCUAUGGGGUAAUAUAAAGUGUGCCAAUCUAUGCAUAAUAGGAGUUCCAGAAGGGGAAGAAAGAACAAAGGGGAUUGAAAAGAUAUGGGAAGGACUCAUGACUGAAAACUUCCCAAACCUAAAGAAGGAAUCAUAUCCAAGCACAGGAGGCUCAGAGGGUCCCAAACAGGAAGAACCCAAACAGACCCACACCAAGGCACAUCCUAAUCAAGAUAGUCAGAGUCAAGGAUAAAGAAAUGAUCCUAAAGGAAGCAAGAGAAAAACAGAGUGAGUUACAAGGGAACCCCCAUAAGGUUUUCAGCUGAUUUCUCUACACUGUUUACAACAGCUAAGACAUGGAAACAGCCUAAAAUGUCCAUCAACAGAUGACUGGAUAAAGAUGUGGGAUAUUUAUAUGAUGGGAUACUAUUCAGCCACAAAAACUGACAACAUAACGCCAUUUGCAGAGACAUGGAUGCUCCUGGAGAAUGUUAUUCUAGGUGGAGCAGAACAGAAAGAGAAAGAGGAAUACCAUAUGAGAUCACUCAUGUGUGGAAUCUUAAAUAUAUGCAAGAUCUUGUGGUAAAUCACAGCAAAAAAAAAAAAAGUGACAAUGAAUAUAUGUACAUUCAUGUAUAACUGAAAAAUUGUGCUCUACACUGGAAUUUGUCAUAACAUUGUAAAAUGACUAUUACUCAAUAAAAAAUGUUUAAAAAUAAGUAAAAUAAAAUAUAACCUUUAAAGUACUGUAUAA